AGACGACAGCUGACAGAAGAGACAAAAAGUGAAAGAAAGAACGACGGAGAUUAUUUUUUAUUUCAUUUCGAUCUAGAAUAUUUUCCAUCCGUCAAAAAAGGAGAAUUAACUAUAUAAUUCUUAUUUUAUAAUCGCUUAUACAUAGUACAUACUGAAAUCAAAAAUGUUUUUGAAAAACAUUUCAAAUCUGUUCAUACGAAAUUCCAAUAUUUAUAAGAAUUCACAUUUAGUGAGAAAAUUUUCUGUAACAUCGGUAAAAGGUGAUAUUGUUAAAAUCCAAAGUAUUGAUGAUUUUAAAGAAAAAGUAAUCAAUAGUAAAGUACCAGUUGUGGUCGAUUUUUUUGCUACGUGGUGCAAUCCUUGCAGACUUUUGACACCUCGCUUGGAGUCUGUUAUUUCAGAGAGUAAAGGGAAAGUUGUAUUAGCAAAAGUUGAUAUUGACGAACAGUCAGACUUAGCCCUCGACUAUGAAGUGAGCUCAGUACCUGUACUGGUUGCUAUAAAAAAUGGAAAAGUACAACAAAGAUUAGUUGGCUUGCAGGAUACUGACAAACUGCGCAAAUGGAUUGAGCAAUUUACAUCUGAGGAGUCUAAAGCUGAACUAAAAGCUUAACUUUUUUUGCUCUUAAUUUAUAAAUUAUUCAUUGUUACCAAUAUGUAGUUGAAAUAAAAAUAAAAAUGCAAUAAGUUUUA